ACUUGAUAUCUGAUUUUGAGAUUACCUGCACUGUCUCUAUAGAUAAGGACAGACAAUAUGUCUGCGUUACAAAAACUGGCAGUUUUUGUUGUGGGGUUUGCAGUGGCGUUUUAUUUCUAUUCCACGAGUGACAAAUUUGAACCAGAAAUGCUGAAUGGUAAACGUGUCAUUGUCACUGGAGCAAGUUCUGGAAUUGGAGAACAGAUGGCAUAUCAUUUGGCACAAAUGAAGAGCCAUGUGUUCAUUACAGCCCGAAGGGAAGAAAGAUUAAAGCAGGUUGUGGCAAAGUGCUUGGAGCUCGGAGCAGCCUCCGCGCAUUACGUUGCAGGAAGCAUGGAUGAUAUGGCUUUUGCAGAACAUGUUGUGGCAGAAGCUUGGAAAACCUUUGGAGGUUUGGACAUGCUAAUUUUGAAUCAUAUUGGCAAUACCUCUUUUGGCUAUUUUGAUGGAAAUGUGGAUCACAUCCGAAAACUUAUGGAAAUCAACUUCCUUAGCUAUGCUACUAUGACUGUUGCAGCCCUGCCUAUGUUAAAAGAAAGUGGUGGGAAUAUCGUGGUAGUUUCAUCUUUGGCAGGUAAAGUUCCAACACCAUUCACAGCUGCUUAUUCAGCUACCAAGUUUGCACUGGAUGGAUUUUUUGGUACUCUGAGACACGAGUUAAUACUGCAGAAUUUCAAUGUGUCUGUCACUUUGUGCGUCAUUAGUUUUAUUGAUACUGAUACAGCUGUAAGAGUAGUUUCAAAAGUGAUUCGUCAACCCCCAGCUCCAAAACAGGAAUGUGCCUUGGAAAUUAUUAAGGGAGGCAUCCUUCGAAAACGAGAAGUGUAUUAUGCAUAUGAAGCUACAAAAAUUCCACUUCUGAUAAGGGACUGGGCCCCAGAAUAUUUGGACAGCCUCAUCCGUAUGAAUUAUAACAUAGAAAAUAUAAAGAAUCCUGAAUAGUCUGCACUGCAACAGAAAUGUCUGAAAAUUCUGGAAGAUUUGAACAGUCUUUUAAUUUCUCUGCUGUCAAGUCCAUUCAGUCUUUCUACAGUGGUACGCCUUAAACGUAAUUAAAAUCUAAAACUUUGGGGCAGCCAUGUUGUUAAUCGUUUACAAAAAUUAACCAAAAACUGAUUGCAUGAAUAUUUGGAAGAUGGAUUUUUUAAACUAAGCACUCAGGAUAUUUUCAUUUUUAGUCAUUAAAACUUUGGUACAAUGUAAAAGUAUUAAUGAAUUAUGAGCAGUGAAACAUGACAAAUUAACAAC